UAACAUGAGAGGUGGGCUAUAAAUACCCCUAACCUUUCCUCUGUGCGCCUGUUUGAAUGCAUUCACUCAGACCUUGCUGCAGACUGGCUUUUGGUUUUCUCGAGGACAAUACAGCUUUGGGCACAGAGCCUGCUUGCUGCGCUGCCGUCAGUCUUCACUUCAGAGGUCGUCCGGAAAUGCGGAAGACUGUUUUCUAUUUUGAUUUAAAGCAUCGUGCCGCGACACUCCGCUUCAGAAAAAAAUGCCUGGGCUAAUGAUAAGUUGGCUGCGUGCGAGUGACGGCCCGUUUUCCCGACUUCAACAGGUCUCUCAGAUUUCUGCAGUUCCAGCAGCAGCCCCUCUUUCCAGCCCAUCCGCAGUCAGAUCCCCAUACCUACUGCACAUGUCAUGCCAUCCACGGCCGGAGCCCCGGCCUCCAAGCCCCAGUUAUGUGUCCAGGAGGACUCUCUGUCCUCGGCUGAGGGCCUCAGGUCUUCUUCUGGCUCCAGAACCCCGAGCGGCACAACGUCAAAGUCUUCCUCUCUAUCCAAGUCUGCAUCUUCGCCCAACUUGGAUGCUCAGGCUGGCGUGGGAGUUGAUCCUGUUGGGCCCAAGCCAGACUGCCUGAGCCGCUACCGCAGUCUCGUCAAUGGGCUGGACCACUCCCUUUUCCCCACAGAUUAUACACGGGUGGAGGAGGGCCAGCGGUUUGACACUCCUGCUGUGGAGCCCACGCUAAAUCAGUCGGCACUGCUGGGGGGGCUGUGCCCUGAUGUCAGACUCCGAUUACAGACCGCCGGGAUGAGAGACGUCCCGGACUGUGUGUCUGAGGCCUACAGAGGUGGAAUGGAGCACAGCUAUAAGGUUCUGCCUGAAGCCAGGCCUGGCAUUCCUGGCACAGCAGAAGCCUCUAAUCAGAGGUGCGGUCAGCCCGGCGCAGCCGGGUCUGCUGGAGUUUACUCGAGUCCUCUCAGCCUGCAGACACAGGCCCUGCUGAGGGAGCAUGCCACAUCCAAGAGUUACGAGACGCUGCGGCAGGACCGUUGUAGUGAACUCUCUAGCUGGCAGCAGCAGCAGCAACAUAAACAGCAACUGGAGAGUUUACGCCUACAAAUGGAACAAAUGCAGUUAAUGAGUGCCGGAGUUGGUCAGUACCCAUCGAUGUAUUCAGCUCCGGUCCACUCGGAGUCUGGGAAGUGGGACGCUCUGGUCAAAGCCAGUGAGAGUCUGCUGAAGGAGAAGGAACUCAUCAUCGAGAGACAAAAGCAGCAUAUGACUCAGUUGGAGCAGCGUUUGCGGGAAAGCGAGCUGCAGGUCCACGGUGCCCUCUUAGGCCGAGGCACCUCAUACGGCGACAUGUGUAUGCUGCGUCUCCAGGAGGCUCAGAGGGAGAACGCAUUCCUGAGGGCACAGUUCACCGAGCGCUCCGACUGCGCUACGCUGGAGAAAGCGGAGGCCGAGCGCAGGCUGGGAGCAGUGGAGGCCGAAACACGGCGUCUCACCGACAGCCUGAAGGAAGCCUGCGAGAGACAUGCAGAGGAGAUGAAGAAACAGGAAGAGAGGAUCCGCAAUCGAGACAAGCACAUCAACAACCUGAAGAAGAAGUGUCAGAAGGAGGCGGAGCUCAAGAGAGAGAACCAGCAGCGCAUUGAAACCCUGGAGCGCUACCUGGCUGACCUGCCCACUCUGGAGGACUACCAGAGCCAGAACAAGCAGCUCCUGGAGGCCGAGCAGAAAGCAGCGCAGCUCCAGGACAAAGUCAAGGAACUGGAGGCCUGUCUGGAGACGACCCGCUCACAGAUACGAGAAAAAGACGCUCUGCUGGAGGAGCAGAAACGCAGGGAGAGAGACCUGCUGACCACCAUCACCGAUAUGCAGCAGCGUGUGCAGCAGGGCCUGGAGGACGGAGCCAGACUCCCCUCUCUGGAUAUCGAGAAACUUCGAGGGGAGAACAACACUUUGAGAGAGGAGCAGCAAAAACUCAAAAAGGUUAUUGAGAAGCAACACCGAAUGAUGGAACAGCUGGGCUCCCAGAUCCAGGCUUUGGAGGAGCAGAUUUCUCAGGAAGAGAGCAGCUCUCAGGCUCUCAGAGAAGAAGUGUUGGCGAAAGAGCAAGAUGUGGUGGAGCUCCACACGGCCAUGAAGGAGCUGUCGGCCCAGAACCAGGAGCUGAUGGAGCAGAAUCUGACUCUGCAGGAGCAGAGGAGCUCCGACCAGGCCUCCUGCCACGUGCAGCCGGCCGGGACUCAUCUCACACAGAGGCUACAUGCCGAGAUCGCUUCCUGCCUCAGCGACCUGCGCUCCCUGUGCAGCAUUUUGACCCAAAGAGCUCAGGGACAAGACCCCAACCUCUCCCUGCUGCUCGGCCUCACCUGUUCUUCAGCAGUCACGGAGCAGGACGAGGACUGGACGAAUCCCGACGUGCUCCAGAAGAAGCUGGUCGAGGCUCAGCAGCUCCGCCGUGACGUCGAGGGACUCCGCAACGUCAUCCUGGACCGUUACGCUCAAGACAUGGGGGACAACUGCAUCACUCAAUAACCUCGACCCUCAGGUGGCAAAGGACACUCACGGAUGCUUCUGUUCACCUCUGACUCUUCUAACAGGCCCGUCCUUCCUGAAGUGUUAUUAAAUGUCAGAAAGAGGGUUGGAUUUUUUUUUUUUUCAUUUUUUUUUUUUUUUAAUGAGGACAGAGGAAUCCUCAAACGGUUUCGCUCCUCCUGUCCUCAGCUGACUGAACGUUAAGUCUCAAGCCUGCCUGUAGCUCAGACCCCCCCCCCCCCCCCCGGUGAGUUCAUCUAUUUCAGUCCAAGGGCUAACAGAGAAUAACUUACCUCGAAUACUUGAUCCUUUUGCGUCGUGAGAGCGUGAGCGUGGUGUGUGUGUUUUUUAAUGACAAAGCGAUGCUGUCAGUUACCAAACAGUCUUAUAGUUUUUGUCCUAGCGGAUAAUGUUUUGUGUAGAGAUCCCUCCUAAUUUAUUUGAAUUUCCCUCUGUAGGGGAAUUAUCCUCGAAGUGGUUGACAAUCAACUGGAAAUAUUUUAACUUUUGCUUCUAACCGAAUUUGCAAGGAGACAUUACUAAAGCGCCAUUAUUUAAAAUGGCGAGCACUGUAAUAUUAGUUACUGCUGUGAGCUAUUAGGAUGUAACAACUGAAGGGUUCAAUACCAAAUCAGCUUCCCACACCAACGGGCCUACGACCGUUUUAAAAACCAAAGAAUCUCUGCUGGAAGCAGCUGUGUGCGAGUCUGCGAAGGUUGGAGCGCCGUUCUGAAUGAACACCGACAUGUGCCUUUCCCGUCACGUUCACAACCGCAACGCGAAUUCAUUUCAGACCGAGCGCAAAGGGCUGUCUGCAGCUGACUCUUCCAAUACGACCUUCCUCUCAGCAUCAUCAACCCACAGUAGGAUAGUCAAUACAUUCCCUGACUCUGAAUGUAGUAGGAAACUUUCCGUCACGUCACGAAGCUCGUGGAAACCCCGACAGUCUUUGUUCCUGGUAGACGAACGAAGUGAACUCUUUAGUCUGUUGAUCUACCUAGAGUUUGCUCUGUGUAGAUUUGACUUCAUGUUGAUAACUGCUAACAAAGACUUUCGUAUGACUGAGAAAGAGUGUUAAUAUUCAGUAUUUUGUUUUUUUCCUUUUCCGUUUACUGUUUUGCUCGCAUUGACAACUCAUUGUGAAAGCUUUCCUCCUGAUGCGUUGCUGUUGUGCUGAUGUGUCUGAGCAUCUCGUUGCGUAAAGGUCCCAUGAAGUGCAUUUCGCGUUUGAAUUUUUCCUCCUAAGGUCUGUUUUAGAUGUGAGACAGGAAAGACGUUCUGUCGGUGUUUGAAUCCCUCGUGUUGAUGGCGGUUGGUCGGGGUUGGCUGGUUCAUCCCCGGAUCCCACAUCACUGCACUGAAUGGAGUUUUUAUAUUUACAGACUGCUUUUCAAGCCAUUUUAGAAGAGAACUAGACACUUUACAGGAAGAGAAAGGGAUUUUAACCUAAAAAUAUGCAACUUUUUUUUUGAGGUUUGUUUUUUGACAAAUGUGCAAAAAAAAAAAAAAAAGGAAACUAGAACCCAGGGACACAUAAGCCAUUUUUCAUUUCAUGGGACCUUUAAACUUAGUAGCACAAGGUUUCUCUUGGGAAAGUCAGGCUCCGCAUGCCUUAACAUCUCAUUUUUUUUGCAAAAA